AUGUUGCUCCAGUUUUGGAGCAUUUCCUGUUGCACUGCGCUUCACAAUUCUUGGGCUUUCUCUUACUCCGGAAAGCACCACAACCUUGUUUUUAAAGGACCUAUCUGCCUCAGAAAGCCAAAGGCCUCCUCACCCACUUGCCUCAGAGCUCAGUUGCUAGAGGAAAUCACACAACUUGCCCAUAACAAGGUGCUGAUUGCUGCUGGCGUUUCUGCGGCAAUUGGGCAGCUCACCAAGCCUGUCACUUCUGUAAUUUUGUAUGGGAAAGACUUUGAUUUCAAGGCAAUCGUUCAGGCCGGGGGCUUCCCUUCUACCCAUUCCUCUGCAGUGGUGGCUACUGCAACAACCCUUGGCCUUGAAAGGGGCCUUUCGGAUUCAAUAUUUGGCCUUACUGUUGUUUAUGCAGGUCUUGUGAUGUAUGACGCCCAGGGGGUGAGAAGAGAAGUUGGCAACCAUGCAAAAGUACUGAACAAGACACUGCCUGAAGGUGCAAGGAUGAGCUCAGUUCCCACCAAGGACAGAGGUAGAAUUAACCCUAAACCUAAAACAUCAUCGUCUUCGUCGUUGAAGUCGGAUAGCUUUGGGUCUCUGUUGUCUGAGGAAGCAAAUUCUUUCUCAUCAGAACCAACAAACGGCCCUUUAGUGUCUCUCUCAGAUAAUAAAAUUAGGCAAACUACUGAGAAACAGAUGUCUUCUGGCUUAGGAACUGAUGCUGAGCAAGGUUUAGAAAGAGCUGGCAAUCGUUCAACUCUGUUGAAAGAAUCGAUUGGCCACACUGAAGUUGAAGUCACGGCCGGUGCUUUGUUGGGUUUCUUAGUAGGCUUGGCUAUGUACACCAUAAUGUGA